GCGGAGACUUAACCUUCAACUCGGUUUUUCUUCUCUGCAAGCAAAGCAAUCCUCUUUCGAACUUUCCAAUAUUGCUCUCACUCAUGGAGGUUGAUUUUAAGGCGUAUCAGUUGCGAUGUGAACUUAGGGGCCAUGAAGACGAUGUUCGUGGAAUUUGCGUGUGUGGCAAUGAUGGCAUUGCAUCAUCUUCUAGGGACAGAACUGUUAGGUUCUGGACUCCAGACUCUUCGGACCAGCGCAAGUUCUCAUGUUCAAAAGUUUUGCUGGGGCAUUCGAGUUUUGUUGGACCGUUGGCUUGGAUUUCACCGAAUGAGGACUAUCCAGAGGGUGGGAUUGUGUCUGGAGGCAUGGACACUCUUGUAUUGGUCUGGGAUUUGAAGACGGGGGAGAAGGUGCAGACACUCAGGGGUCACCAGUUACAGGUUACUGGCGUUGCAUUGGAUGAUGGGGAUAUCGUAUCAUGUUCUGUUGAUUGUAUGUUGAGACGGUGGAGGAGGGGGCAACCUCUAGAAAAUUGGGAGGCUCACAAGGCAGCAAUUCAAGCAGUUAUAAAGCUGCCAUCAGGCGAGCUUGUUACAGGUUCGAGCGACACAACUUUAAAACUUUGGAGAGGAAAAACUUGUUCACGUACCUUUACUGGACAUACAGAUACAGUUCGAGGUUUGGCUGUGAUGUCUGAUCUUGGAAUUCUUUCUGCGUCACAUGAUGGGUCUGUUAGAUUAUGGGCAGUAAGUGGUGAAGUGCUGAUGGAGAUGGUUGGUCAUACUGCAAUUAUUUAUUCUGUUGAUUCACAUGCAUCAGGACUUAUUGUCAGUGGUAGCGAAGAUCAUCAUGCAAAAAUAUGGAAAGAUGGCGUUUGUGUUCAGAGCAUAGAACAUCCUGGUUGUGUUUGGGAUGCCAAAUUUCUAGAAAAUGGUGAUAUUGUGACAGCAUGUUCUGAUGGAGCUGUACGUAUUUGGACUGCACAUCAAGAAAAUGUCGCUGACCCACUUGAGCUUGACUUAUACACUUCAGAACUUUCUCAAUACAAGUCUAGUAGAAAGAGGGUUGGAGGACUGAAAUUGGAAGAGUUACCGGGUUUGGAGGCAUUAAAGAUCCCAGGAACAAGUGAUGGCCAGACAAAGGUAGUUAGAGAGGGGGAUAAUGGGGUGGCAUAUGGAUGGAACAUGAGAGAACAGAAGUGGGACAAAAUUGGUGAAGUGGUUGAUGGACCAGACAAUGCAAAUCGUCCUGUCCUUGAUGGUGUUCAUUAUGACCAUGUGUUUGAUGUGGAUAUUGGAGAUGGUCUUCCUAUCCGUAAGCUGCCAUACAACCGAUCAGAUAAUCCAUAUGAUGCUGCUGACAAAUGGCUUCUUAAGGAGAAUCUUCCUCUGUCCUUCCGUGAGCAAAUUGUACAGUUCAUACUUCAAAAUACUGGACAAAAGGAGAUGACUUUUGAUGCAUCUUUCCGUGAUCCCUAUACUGGCUCCAGUGCUUACAUGCCUGGACAACCUUCAUCCUCUGCUGUUUCUGCAAAACCUACUUUCAAGCAUAUCCCUAAGAAAGGGGUGCUUCUUUUUGAUACAGCUCAGUUUGAUGGGAUCCUUAAAAAGAUUACUGAAUUUAACAAUUCUUUACUCUCCAACCAGGAACAGCAGAAAUUGGCUUUGACUGAGCUUGAUGUUCCCAGACUGGGGGCCAUUGUUAAAAUUUUGAAAGAUACUUCACAUUAUCAUUCAAGUACAUUUGCUGAGGUUGAUAUAGCCUUGUUGCUGAAAUUGCUUAGGUCGUGGCCCAUUGCCAUGCUAUUUCCUGUUAUUGAUAUUAUACGGAUGAUGGUUCUUCACCCAGAUGGGGCCAACCUAUUUCUAAAGCAUCUGGAAGCUGAAAAUGAUAUAUUAUUGGAAUUAAUUAAGAAAGCCACGACAAAUCCAACAAUUCCUGCAAAUCUGUUGACCAGUGUUCGAGCUGUUACUAAUCUCUUUAAGAAUUCGGCAUACCACAGCUGGUUGCAAAAACAUCGCAGCAUGAUUAUUGAUGCUUUCUCAAGCUGCAGUUCAUCAGCAAACAAAAAUCUGAAGCUGUCCUACUCUACUUUGCUACUUAAUUACGCGGUGCUGUUGAUUGAGAUGAAAGAUCUAGAAGGUCAAUCUCAAGUUUUAUCCGCAUCACUUGAGAUUAUAGAAGAUGAAAAUGUGGAUGUUGAUUCCAAAUUCCGGGCUUUUGUUGCUGUUGGAUCACUGAUGCUUGAGGGCCUUGUAAAGAAAAUAGCACUGGACUUCGAUGUUUUGAACAUUGCAAAAGCCGCCAAGAACUCGAAGGAAGUUAAAAUUGCUGAAGUGGGAGCUGACAUCGAGCUACUAGCAAGGAAUGGUUGAUUCUAUUUUCAAGGGUGACCAACCUAUUCUCUCCCUCCAAACCGAAUAUGAGCUAUAUUGGAAGUCCAACUUACAUGUCAAACUUGAAUUUUUUAUUAAUAAUCUUCUGCGUGCUUGAGAAAGUACCCAUGCAACCAAAACCCUCCUGAAUUCAUCAUACGUGAUGGUAAUUUGUCCUUUCUUUUUUUGUUAGGAUACUCUAUUAAGGGUUUUUUUGACUGAUGGUCAGUUGGCAAUAUAGGUGACUAGGGCCUGUGUUUACGUUAUUCUGGCUGAUGAUUAUUGUGGGAGUGUUUUGAAGGCUCGUAGAAGCCACGUGCCAAAACCCAGAGGAUUCAAUGACAAUUAAACAUCCCUCGCACCCCUGUCGAGAAAACUGCAGAAUCUUUGUCCCACAAUGGUUACUUUUCCUUGGGCACAAAUUCUUGCUCCUACUCUUUGCAAAUUCCGAUGAGAGAUUGCUCUUAUUAUUCUUUUUUUUUUGUUCCUCCAAUAAUUGCUCAAGUCGAAUCAUACACCCAAUGGACAAUUCCCAUGCAGAGGUCACACCAUAUUUGGUACCAUGAUGAGUAUAAUCCGUUCCUGUCAACUUAAAAUCGAAUGCCAUGUGUUGAUUGUAUUAGGAUCCGUCCGUUGGGCUGUUUUACUUUACAAAUUACGAGUCACCGUCA